AUGGCCCUCAAAUUUGUAGGACCGGCACUGCACAGCAUCCACAUCCUGCUCCUGCCAUACCCGUCCCAGGGCCACAUCAAUCCUCUCUUCCAUUUCGCCAGGCGCCUCGCCAGCCACAGCGGCGUGCGUUGCACUCUCGCCGUCACCCGUUUCGUCGCCGGCUCGACCAGGCCAGCCACCGGCUCGGUCCACGUCGCCGUCUUCUCCGACGGCUGCGACGACAGCGGCCCCGACGGGGUAGGAGGGCACCGCGCGCCCUACUUCGGGCGGCUCAGCUCCGCCGGGCCGGGGUCGGUGGACCGGCUCCUCUGGUCGGAGUCGGAGCUGGGCCGGCCGGUGCACGUGGUGGUGUACGACGCGUUCCUGCCGUGGGCGCAGGGCGUGGCGCGGCGGCGCGGCGCGGCGUGCGCGGCGUUCCUCACGCAGACGUGCGCCGUGGACGUGCUGUACACGCACCUGCUGGCCGGCAGGAUACCGUCGCCGCCGGUGAGGGAUCAGGAGCUGCCGGAGGAGCUGGCAGGGCUGCCGGUCCGCCUCCAACUGACCGACCUGCCGACGUUCUUCGUUGACAAGAACCGUCCCCCGGGACUCUUGGAGUUGCUGACGAGCCAGUUCUUAGGUUUGGGCACCGCGGACCACGUGCUUGUCAAUUCAUUCUACGACUUGGAGCCGCAGGAAGCAGAUUUCUUGGCUUCGACGUGGGGUGCCAAGACGGUCGGUCCAAACAUGCCAUCGGUGAACCUCGAUCACCACCUUCCGGGCGACGACGACGACAAUGUAUCCUACGGCGUCCACCUCUACACCCCAAUGGCGGCAGAGUGCAAGGCCUGGCUGGACGCCCACCCGGCGGUCUCCGUCGUGUACGUCUCCUUCGGCAGCAUAGCCUCCCUAGGCGCGAGGCAGAUGGAGGAAGUAGCCGAGGGGCUUUGCCGCAGCGGCAUGCCGUUCCUGUGGGUGGUCAGUGCCACGGAGACCCGCAAGCUGCCCAAGAACUUCGCCGGCGGCGAGGGGCUCGUCGUGCCGUGGUGCCCGCAGCUGGAGGUUCUAGGGCACCCCUCGGUUGGGUGCUUCGUGACGCACGGCGGGUGGAACUCGACCUUGGAGGCGAUCAGCUCCGGCGUGCCCAUAGUGGCGAUGCCGCACUGGUCGGACCAGCCGACGAACGCCAAGUACGUCCAGGACGUGUGGCGCGUCGGCGUGCGGGUACGGCCGGAUUCCGAUGGGGUGGUCACGAGGAAGGAGGUGGAGAGGUGUGUGCGGCAAGUGAUGGAAGGGGAAAGGUGCGAGGAGUUCAGGCUGAAAGCUUUGGAGUGGAGUAAGAAGGCGAGGAAGGCAAUGAACAGUGGUGGCAGCUCGGAUAUCAACAUCUCGGAUUUCCUCUCCAAGGUUAAGAGCCAGAAAUAA